AUGUCGUCCUACGGCACCGUAUUACCCGCGGCGGCACGCGCUAUUCUAUCGUCUUGCCGACCGGUCUAUCGUCAGACAUCAAUCGGCUCGGCCCUGUCAGGUUUCCAGCAAGUUCGUGGUGCGAAGAGCAAUCCUCAAGCCAGAGGCAAGGGGAAGAAGGAAAGCAAGUCCGACAAAAAGGGUCCCCGUGAAUUCCGUCAGAAGAGCCUGAAGGAUGUGGAGCAAUUUGCUCUCUGUGAUGCGAUGCAAUACCUUCGAGCUGUCGAAGUUGGUCGCGAACCAACAACCUCCAAAUACGAAGUACACAUUCGCCUUCGCACAAGGCGAGACGGACCGGUUAUCCGAAACAUGAUCAGGUUCCCCCAUGCGGUCCAGACCGAGUCCCGAAUCUGCGUCAUUUGUCCUCCCGGAUCAAAGCAUGCCAAGGACGCGCUUGCUGCAGGGGCUGUGCUUGUUGGAGAAGACGAGGUAUUCGAGGCUGUGAAAGCGGGCAAGAUUGAAUUUGACCGUUGUCUGGCCCACCCGGACAGUUUGCCAGCUCUGAACAAGGCCGCCCUGGGUCGUGUUUUGGGUCCCCGUGGUCUCAUGCCCAGCGCGAAAACCGGUACCGUGGUGGAAGAUGUGGCCUCUCGUGUGGAAAUGUUGCGUGGUGGUACCGUUUAUCGCGAGCGUGAUGCUGUCAUUCGGCUGCCUAUCGGCCAACUGGCAUUUUCCCCGGAACAGUUGCGCGACAACUUGCGCACCACCAUCGAGCAGAUCAAGAAGGACGCUUCCGGGCUCACUGAUCGGGUAAACAAGCAAGUUUAUGAAGUGGUUCUAAGCUCGACAAACGGCCCCGGUUUCAGCCUGAACGGCGAGUUCAAGACCGACAACUCACCCGAAACCUCUGCCCUGACCGGCCUGUAA